UCAACGACUCCUCCACUUCAGACUGCCCGCAGAGACAGAGACACAAGAGGGAAGCUAAGGUUCUCCUCUCGUUCCCGUCUCACCGCGAGACUAAUGUCCAGCAGAAAGAAAAGCAAGGGCAAGGGAGGAAGUGGUGGGGUCCCAGAUGAGGCAAAGACAGAAGCUGGCUCGUCUCAAGUAGAGAAUGAUGUCGUGGGGGAGAACGGGGAGGGAGGGGGAGAGGUGGGAGGGGGAGGGUUGAAGGGAUUUGUGAAGAAGAUGGAGGGGAAGACCCACAGGAUGGUGGAGAUGAGGUUGGCAGUGGUGGCUGCGUGUGGAGUGGCCUUCAGAGUUCUCUUUUACGACAAUCUGGAGAAUGAGGGAACUCCGUGGAGUGUGUUCUCCCUCGUUGCUGUGGCAGUCCUGGUGGUGAUUCUCUCGACGUGGUUGGACUAUUUCCCAUCUCGCCUCUCUCACCUUCGCCUCAGGCAGACAGAUGGGCAGGGGAUAGCUCUGGGUUGUCUGUUGAUUCCAACUGUACUCUGCUCCACACUCCACUGCUCUCUCCACACUGCCCCACACCACUCCGAGCUUCUGUCGGCCUACCUGCUGGUGGUGUGUGCUCUCUCCCUCCUCUCCCUCUCCUCCUCCCUCCUCCAUUCCAUCCCCUCCCCCAACAACAUCACCGCCUACAACUUCCUCGCCAUAGGAACGACCUUUGCACUCUACUACUGGCUCAACGUUCCAUAUUGGUUGCUGGGUCCCUGUGUGGCGGUGUACAGCUGCCUGGUGCCAUGGCUCCUGGCCUCGUUCCCAGGGAGUUUCACUCUCUGUGAGGCCAUGAUGGUGGGUCAAGGUCUGUCCCUCUUGACCACCGACACAGCUCUCCAGAUACUAGCAAUCAAUGACGUGGUUCGUCUACCAGAGAUGUUCCUAGUGCAUCGUCAUCAGUCUCUUCUCUUCGUGGAGUUCCUGGUGUUUGGGGUCCUAAUGUGCUGUGUGCUACUGAGUCCAGCUCUGUACAAACUUGCCCAGGCCAAGAACUACAUGGACCACAAGUUCUGGUCUGGGACAUUCAUCCUCCUCUCCCUGGGAGUCGGGGUGCUGACUGUUCUGAGAUGGCUCCAGACUCAGUUGAACGACACACACCCCAUUGCCUUGGUGGUGGUGGAGACCUUUACCAGACCUGUCCAUCUGGUGCUGAUGCUAUUCUGGCUGAUGGUGACUGGUGCAGCUCUCGUCUUAGUGGCUGCUCAGAGCUCUGAGAGGACAUGGUUGACCCCUCUCAGAUUCAGCCAACCAGGCUCUCUGUGGAUGCGUAAGUCGUUCCAUCUGCUGGCAGUUCUGGUGUUCCUGCCCAGCCUGGCCCUCUCCUCAGUCUACCUCUCUCUCUCCUCCUCCAUCUCCCUCUUCCUCUUCUCAGCCCUCGAGUUGUUCCGGUAUUUCAAGAUGUGGCCAGGAGGAGGAGCCCUCCACUCGUCUCUCCUUCCUCUGACUGACACCAGAGACGCUGGCUCUCUCAUUCUCUCCCACAUCUACCUCCUCCUAGGCCUCUCCCUCCCUCUCUGGAUCUCCCCUCUCUCUCACCAUCACAACGUGGGGAAGUUGUCACUCUACAGUGGAGUAUUGUCAGUGGGAGUGGGAGAUUCAAUGGCAGCUGUGGCUGGUACACUCAUGGGAAAGACACUCUGGCCUGGGACAAAGAAGACAGUGGAGGGCUCUGCCAUGUCAGUCCUCACUCAACUGGUGGCCGUGCUGGCAAUUGUGAUGAUGGAUCCUUACAUUUCCAUGCCGACACUAAGGGAGUGGGGCGUGGUGAGCGCAAGUGUGGUUGCCACGGCAAUCAUGGAAGCCUAUACUGGACAGGUUGACAAUCUGAUAAUUCCUCUCUUCCAAUUAGCAUUCUUUCUUUCAUUCCUUUGACACAAUUUUUCUUCAAUUAUUGAUAUUUAUUAUAUCACAAUUUACACACUGACCUAUCAGAGACUGGAUACAGAUCACAUGACACCAAAGAGAGUGCCAUCUAAUACUAGACAAUAGUGAGCAACUAGACUUGUGUGCGAUAAGCGAACUUCUCCACCCCCCUCCUCUCUCCCUAUGGCUACUGGUCCCUAGUGCUUGAAGCGGCGGUAAAUGAAGUAGCCAGCUGCAACUGCUGCCACGAGUACAAGAGCCGGGACUGCAAAUCCUGCAGCUACUCCAACAGCUGCCUUUAGCUGGCUUGACGUAGAAGAUCGUGGUGUUUCCUCUGACGGAGGGUCAUCGCUCGCUAUCCGGCCUAUACAGAAACCGUCUCUGAGGCGAAUAGCGUCAUCCGAGUGCCCCACGUCGCGGAAGGGACUAGUGGCGUCUUUUCCUACAGAACAUGGAAGAAAAGGGGGAGGGGUCAGGUGCGCAGCUAGCCGGCCGGCCAGUCACCUGCAUUGUCUAGCAAGACCUCGUCCCCUCCUGGAUGCUCGUCCACGAAUUGCGUCACGUCGUACACGAGGCCGUCAAUCACCACCCAGACGCCCGCCGACACAGAGUUGUGCUGCGCCACCUCGUCCCACGUGAACGUCUUCCCUGCCGGAGUCGCCAUGCCGCUUCCACUAUGUCCACCAGAGAAAGAGAAGAGGCAGCUUCAGGAGGCGAGGUCAGAGUGCUAGAUAUCC